CAAAAGAGGCGGUAGCCAUUCCUGCUAUUGAAUUAAAAAUAUCUAUCUAACUAAAUUAUAAAUCCUCAAACCAAAUUGUGAGUCCAACAUUAUAUAACAUUCAUCUUUAUUAAAUUAAUAUAUAAAUAGAAUGUCAAGUAAAGUUUCAACACUUUUUGCAACAAUGAAGCUUCACCGGAGAAGGUGUGUCCGGCCAACGUCGCCGGAAAAGGAAUCAAAGCAUUUUAUGAAAGCCAUACUUCCCUCCCCCAUUCAUUCCAAACAAAUUAGAAUUCCAGAUGAGUUUAUAACAAGAUUUGGGAAUGAACUCAACGAUGCUGCUACAAUUACUGUUCCCGACGGUCGUGUUUGGGAAAUGGAACUCAAGAAAUGUGGUAACGAGGUUUACUUUUGCAACAAAUGGCAAGAGUUUGCAGAAUACUAUUGUAUAGGAUAUGGUUGCUACUUGAGUUUCAAAUAUGAAGGGAAUUCAAAGUUUAGUGUUGUUAUAUUUGAUGCAACUUCUGUUGAGAUUUCCUACUCAUUCAAAACAAACACAAAGAAAAGAUUCAAGGUUGAAAAAAAUGAGAAUGGUGGUAAACAGGUGAAGAUCAUGUCUAAUUCUGAUUCGGAGAGAUCAGAGGAUGGUGCGAAUGAAUUCAACCCAAAGAAGCCUUAUUUUCGUUCCAAAAUGAAUAAGGGAAAUAAUGCGUAUGUUAGUGCUGAUUUUGCUUCAAAGUAUCUCAAGUCAAAUGUUCCUAUGAAGCUGCAAAAUUGUCAUGGAGAGCAGUGGGAAGUUUAUGCCAAAUCAUGGGGAAAAAUGCAAAUAUCGAGAGGGUUUUCUAAGUUUAAAAGGGACAAUAAUAUAUCAGAGGGAGAUAUUUGUGUGUUUGAGCUGAUCAAGGAGAAUCCGGUUGUGCUAAAAGUCACAGUGUUUCCACCACUUCACUAUGGUGAUUAACAAUUUAUGUGGUUUUGGCACCAACUAGUAAUAAUCACUUGUGUAAUCACAUGUUUUUGCUUUUGUAUCAUCAAGUUAUUGGGUCAAGACAAGUUCCUUUUUGUGGGUUUACCACAAGAGUGAGCAAGGAUUCAAUUUUGUUUCUUACAAUUUCAACUAGUUAUAAACAUAAAUGUCUGUGGCAAGGAAAUUAUGAAGUGGUUUGAAGGAGAAAAAUAGAAAUUGGAGUGAUAAGGAGAUCAUGUAACUCAUAUCUCUAAUAAAAAUGAAAGGGGCUAGCAAUUUUAUGCAA